UGUGUGCCCCGGGCCCGCCGGGAGCCGGGCGGGGCGGGCGGAGCCGUUGGUGCGGGCGGGGAGGGGCCGGGCCAUGGCGGCGGCCGGGCCCAUCCGAGUUUCUUAUUCAUCUGUAUACACACACACCAGGAUACGUGUACUUGCGGAACCCAAGCAAGUAGCUUAUGAAAGCAGUCCCAGGCUUGAGUGGGGAAACCAAGAGACAAUCUGGCCUCUAUCAUGGGGGGCUAUGACAUCUCGACCAUCUUCAAGAAUAACGUUACUGUCCAAAUCCAAGAAAGACUUUUGCGAGCACCAGCGAAGCUACAGAUCAGUGAUCGGUGGGCGUCCCCCGCUAGUGAAGUUUGCCUACCCUUCUGAGCGGCUGCUGAAGUUGGCUGAACCUAAAAAAUUCCACCCGGCUUCCCUGCAACAAAGAUCCCCCGAGUGGCCCGUGUCACUAUCUGCACUGACCUAUAAUGCCUCCCCACGGAUCCUCCAGCUUGCCCGGCCAAAGUUGCUGCAUCCAGAGUUCAUUCCGCCCAGAGAGGUGCCAACACAGGUUCCAACUCCUGCGACCUUGGCCAGCGCAUCCUCGCGGUUAGAGCGUCUGGCAGAGCCCUGUGUCAGGCAGGUGACCUGCUGCUAUAAGCACAGCUAUCCUGAAUCUGUCAUUCGUCCGGUUUCCAAGUCAGCUCAGCAGGCAGUUGCGAGCCCUCGGACCAUUGAGCUGGCUAGGCCAAAGAAACUGCAUUCUAAGUACGCUGCCCCGCGGGAUCCUCAGUGGCCAGUGUCAGAGGCUGCCAAGCGUGCAGUGGCUACACCAAGGAUUGUGGAACUGGCCCAGCCUGGCAAAAGGGAUGACUACAGGACCUUCCAAGUCACAAAGUGAAGCCCAAAGAUUCAUGGUCUGUCUAUAUUAGUCUGCUGAGGCCUGGAUGAACUCUCUGAAGAUAUGCCUCCCCAUAUUCCACAUUGAACAGCUUUGGACGUUGGAGCUGAACUCUUCACCUGCCAAGGGGCGAUUGCCGUCAUAAUUCCUCCUGUAUGAAAGCCAAAAGGAAGCUCCCUUUUGAUUGAUCCAGGCCUUACAUCCCUUGAAGAGAAGAUAAGGACACAGAAGAAUGCUUCACCACUGGGAUCACUGCUGAGCUUUAUAACCAGGCCAUAAAUUGACCACCUACUCUCUCUGCUCUGCAGGCUCUCUCUGGUCGCUGAGAGCUCAUCACCCACAGCCUUGACAACGCACUGACACUUUCCUGCAUGGUCCCAGACACUGCCCAGUCUGGCAGCAGUGUCUUGGCAUUAACUCUCAUGGGAAGAGGAAGAAGCAGGGAAGUAUUUGUCUAGGCUAGCCCCAAACCAGCAGCUGACUGUAACUGCUCUGCCAGAUGCAGACCUUAGGAAAAGUUUUUUCUGUGCAUGCCACCUCAUCAUAAACCAUCCCCUCUUGCUACUGAGGUCUCCUUUGCUGAAAAAGAUAAGAAGAGGUGUGUAUUGAAGCACAGCUCAAAUUCCAGAAGUAAUUUGUCGAAGCUCCUGGGUUUUACAUACAGGUAGGACAGAAAACUGGCAAGUUCAGAUGAAGCAAUAGAGUCCCAGAGUGACUUCACUUCUACAGGUGCAACUACUUUAUAGGGACUGAAUAUUACAAUAAUCCAGUAUGCUAAAGAAACAGGAUGGGUACAAGGAGCUCGUGUGUGUCUGCUCGUUACUGAGCUGAGAGUGUUAUCCCUUCUCUGUGUGAUGUGUAAUUGCUGAGUUAGAUCACUGGCUCUGCAAUGGGGUGUCAGCUUGGAUGGGUUACCUAUUCCUUGCAGCCUGUUUUGGAUGUAUAUGCUGCUUUCAGCCUGGCUACCCAACCCCCUGGCCAUGUCCCAUGUUACUGACUGCCAGAAUGGAUCAGGACUCUGAGUACAUCUAAGGGCUGUCAUGGGCUCAGUGGCAUUCCCACAGCUCAGCUGGGGCACUAGAAAUGCCAUUGUGCCAGAUCAUGGCAAAUAUGGAGAAAAUAAAAUACACAAGGGGCCAGCUCUGCUCUCUGUGCCCAGCAUCCUGUUGCUCUGGAAAUCUUGGUGACCUGGGAGUAGGAACACACAAGUGACUAUGUACUCUGCCUGGAGAGACCUGGUGUGAGCUAGGAGCUGCUCACAAUAUGCUGUUUUCUGUCAGAUGUUGUUCAGCCCUGCCAUUUCUGAAGACCUGGAGACAUUCUUGAGUCUCUGAGAGUGCACUAUCUGUUCUGAAUAAAGUAAUCUUACUAAUCCCUAA